CUUUCUCUCUGUGUGCGCUUGGUGGUACGUGUUUGGAUCUGAAGAGUUCUGUCGUUCGGAGCUAGAGUAGAGGCAGUUCGAAGCCGAACACUCAGUUCCGCUGUCUGUUUCCGUGAGGGUCUGAUGCUUUUCUGGCUCUGUAUGCUUGGCGAGUUCGGUGGGGGGCAGAGUGACGACGGAGUGUACGGAGUAUGCGUAACGGUGGAUGUCUCGUCGUUGUCCGGAUGCAAUGUAGCUUUGACGGGCCUUGACUAAGCUCUCUCCGCCCAUCAUCAUCGGCAUCAUCGUCGUGUCCUAUUCAUGGCGCCAUGCCAAGCCACCGCCGCAGCAGCAACAGCAGCAGCAACUCUACACACUCUACAUAUGACUUGUUCUGCCUCUUUCCUUCCUCUCCCUCCUUCUUUGCCUUUCGCUCGCGCUCUCUAUCUCUCAACGUUGCGGUGCGCUGUUGUUCAAGUUGCCGCGGGUCAUUUCAAGUGGCACGGGCAGAGACUGAGCUUCAACGUUCAAAACGCAGGCAAGCCAUUUCACCCUCCCCCUCUUCUCUUACCUACACCCGACGUUUCCUCUCUCCCUUCCACAUACUCUCCCCCCUUUCCCACAACCACUCCCCCACAUCCUUCUUCCUCAACAUCCACUCUACACCCACCAUCAAACCGCCAUCAUCGCUGCAGAAUCACCACAUAUAAUUCACUGUUGGAGCCGUCAGUGACAGCGCCACCGACACCAAGGGGACUGACUCUCGCCUGCGCCUAAUAUUCAUCACCAGGGUAAGCAGAAAAUCGAGCGCGCAAAGAAGAGAAGACGCGAUAAACCGCUGUCCUGA